AUGUUUAAUUUUCAAACAGCAUACACCGACAACUUGCUUGCCACCCAGAAGCUGGACAAGGCUUCUAUUUAUGGAGCUGACGGUUCUUCGUUGUGGGCCACCUCCAACAACUUCCAAUUGCAGCCAAACGAGAUCCAGGAGCUGGUCAAAGGGUUCUCUGACCCUUCGCAGCUGUACGCGUCUGGUCUGCACAUCCAGGGCCAGAAGAACGUGUGCAUUCGCGCAGAUCCAAGAUCGAUCUAUGGUAAGCACGACGCAGAGGGCGUGCUCUGUGUCAAGACCAAGCAGGCCAUCUUGAUUGCACACUACCCUGCCGGUGUGCAGGCCGGUGAGGCAGCCAAGAUUGUGGAGCAAUUGGCAGACUACUUGAUUGGAUUAGGAUAUUAG